UUUGAAAGUGUCACUCAAACCUGACAGGCCUCCGUAGGUCACGCCCCCGCGUUUAUCCAUAUGAGGAAGAACUUGAAUAAAAGUGAAACAAUGUAGCACAGUUUCAGGACCGGGCACUUUUACGAACAGCUUAAUAGUUCACACGUGUUUAUAAACAAAUAAAUGCCCGUUUUGAAUUGAGAAUCAUGUAUUAUUGUCGAUUACUGCUGAUUUAUUUUUAUCUGUUAUAUUUAUGCUUUGCGUUUCGGGUAAAUGCAACGACUCCUCCGAGAAAUGUGAAAUCGUGUGAUAAUCUGGAGCACAUAGACUCUGUAGAGCAGAACACGGGUAACACUAGAUCCAGAGGAAGGUCCAGUGAAGGUCUCGGGGGGUUUGAACCGGGUGAUCCUGCUCCUGCCUUCCAGGUUCAAACUCUGGAUGGAGUGUUUAUUUACAAUCCCCAGAAUGAGUCGAGGCGCGCGCUCAUCGUGCACGCGUUCACUAAUAAGUCCGCGUUUGUGGAGUGUCUGUGGACGUGGAGCGAGUCUGUGUCGGACCUGCUGGAGUAUCUGCCGUCCAACACCGAGGUCCUGCUCCUGUCCCUGGAUGAGACUGCACUGAUGGACUCGCUCUGGAUGAGGGAACAGGUGUACAGAGCCGCUGCACACAGAGGAAAAGAGAUCUUGUCCAGGCUGCAUUUCUCUCCUACGCCCGUGUUCGCGCUGGGAAACUGGAUACCCAGAGUUCUGUACUCAUGGGGGUGCGGUGGUCACAACUGCGGCCUCGCUCAGGUGCUUUUCUCCUCUCCAGACUGGAGCAUACCGCUGAUCGCCAAGCGUCUGAAUGCCCGAUAUGACUGGCUGAAUGGUCGCUGGGGUGCAGAUCCAUACAGACUGCUGGAUGCAGGGGAUGGCUGUGAACCUGUGACGUCUGUCAAAGGUGCUGUCGCAUGGGUGUCUGAGGGUGGCUGCUCUUUUUUCAAAAAGAUAAAAAACAUGGCUGAAUCCAAUGCUACUGGGGUGCUGGUGUAUGCCUUGGCCGGGAAUCCCAUACAGGACAUGAACUGUUCAGGAGACGAAUGUUCCACCUCGCUCAACAUACCUGCGUCUAUGGUUCAUAUUGAACCCUCUGUCAUGCAAGCCGUACGAAAGGGCCGUCCUGUGAAUGUAACGUUCCAGAUCACACCUUCACCAAACUUCUUCUUUGGGAUCGACCAGAAGGGGGCGCUGUCUGAGAUGGGCUGGUUUCUCUACCCAACCUUUAGAUUCAUGGCCUGGCAGGCUCAGUGGUUCACAUUCAAAGAGGCUUUGCAGGAGCAGCUAAGUCGGCCUGCCUUAAUAGUACCUGUGUUUGAGCGUCAUCUGAUGCAGGGAGAGACGGGCGCUCAGGCUGUGGUGGAUCUUCCUGGAGACAUUUCAAAAUAUGAUGUUCUGGAGUUGGACGCCUCCCUGUCCUGUCCCGGUCGCAGGGACGAGACAUGUGCUCACUGGGAUCACACUGUACAGCUGUACAUAUGCUGCGAUCACACCAGCCCCUACUGCAACCUGGAGCUCGGGCGCUGGAUAACGGCCUUCCGCAGAGGCACAGGUCAUUGGCUGACGGAUGUGUCCCCUUUAAUUCCCCUGCUAAAUAACAAUAAGUGUUCCUUCAGCAUGAAGACUGCGCCAUGGGCGAUGCCAUGGAUGACAUCUCUAAAUCUGCGCUUUAGUCACAGCAACCAGACAGGUAAUUACUCUGAGAGCUUGUACCCUUUCAAGGUAACAUCACUCUUCUCUGGUGGGACAUUUGACAAAGACUAUAACAGCAGAUACCAAGAGAUCAAGUUCAGUCUUCCAGCUUCAACAAAGAAGGUGGAGUUAUACAGCAUUAUCACGGCUCACGGAUCUGACGAGAACUUCUGCGGUGAAUUUUGUGUGACAUCGCACCACUUCCUGAUCAACAGAGCCAUCAAUAACACACUCAUAUUUGAGUCAGCUGGAUCACCCCUGGGCUGUGCCAUGCGGGUGCCUGAAGGUGGAGUGCCCAAUGAACAUGGCACCUGGUUGUACGGUCGCGGAGGCUGGUGCGACGGGCUCCAGGUGGAUCCGUGGAGGACCGACAUCACUUCCCAGCUGGAUAUGAGUGGAACCAAUUCUGUCCUUUACUUUGGACUCUAUGAGGGACGUAACCCAAAUCCAAAGACUGACCCCGGGUACAUUAUUAUGUACUCAUAUCUAGUGUUUUAUAAAUGAUUUUACAGAUCUGCAAAUGUAUUCUUUUUUUUUUUUAUUCUCACUUGAAUCUGAAUUUUUUUUGACAGCAUUGAUCCUUAAUUUUCUUUCAUUCAGAAUCAUUUUUGUUUCAAUGAUUCAUGUUAAUUUAAGUAUUUCCUCAUGCUGCUCUUUUUUUAACCAAAAAGUUAUUUAUGUUUAUUUGCAAUCUGAGAUUAUUAAAAAUAUCAAACUUUUACAACAGGUGACUACUGAGAUUAGACACUCUAGAUGGGAUUUAAAAAAAAAAAAAACGAAUAAAUUGAGAUAUUUUGGUAACACUUUACAAUAAGGUUCAUUAGUUUACAUUAGUUAACAUGAACUAAGAAUUAACAAAACUUCUACAGCAUUUAUUAAUCUUUUUUUAAAUGUUAAAGGUGCUGUAUGUAACUUUCUCACUACUAAAG